CCUUAAAUUUCGUCUAUAAGGCUGUGACGUCACGCAACAGGAUUGAACCUGCUCGGCGCGGUGCUUGUGAAAAACCUCGUAUCUGCAAUGCAUUAGUAUGGGGAGAAACAACUUUUCUUUUUUUGGGGGGGGCUUCGGCGGUAUUGUUUUCAUUUGAUUUUUCAGGCAUGUAAAUGUGUUUCUUAGCUUCAUGCUUGCCAAGUUUGAAGGAAAUCGCUCCGACAGUUUUCUUUUAAAGUGCUGAUGAAAUCUCGGUAGAGUAGCUUUCCACAUUGAACUAGCCGUGAUUAGCUCGCCGCCUAGACGGAGAGUGCCCCUGAACCCCCAGUUCUUCGCUUCGCUCCGCGAUGAACUUGCGACUCGCUCCGCGAGCCGCCACCGCCCCACAUAGUUUUUAACAUUGAUGAGAAGACAACAUUUUCGUCUUCAUCUUCUUUUACACCAAGUUUUUUAGAAAUUAAAGUUCCAGGAGCGGCCGGGACCGCAUUAUGUAGCGCGGCCGCCAUCUUGGAUUUUGAAAUGUUAAAAAUCUGACCAAAAAUUGACCCGAUGAAAAAUAUCCCCUGAUACCUACAGAAUUUCACGAAGAUCAAUCGAAGUGAAGCCAAGACAUCAUACCUAUUAGGCUACAUCUGCCAUCAGGGAUUUUAAAAUUUUUGAAAUCGGACCAAAAAUUCAAGUUUCACGUCGGAACGUGGCUAGACACUUUACCCAAUACCUAAUUGGGCCAACAAAUUUUAUCCAAGGUAUAGUUUGGCCAAAUUUUAUUAUCCAAUUAAAAAUUUAACCCGCCACGAACUCUCGGAGGGGGACCAUUCUUGCUUCAUGAUUCUGGUAGGAACCAGCCUCGACGGAUACUUAUUUUUUCCACUGAAAGGAACCUUAAUAUGUUGUGUAACAGUCUAACCAUUUUCACCGAUGGCACCUUCAAAACAACUCCGAAUCAAUUUGCGCAAUUAUUUACUGUUCAUGCCAUUUUCAUGAACUUUGUUUUCCCUGUUGUAUUCUGUCUUACACAGCAAAAAGAUGAAGAAACUUACAGAGAAAUUUACCGACAACUACGGCUCCUUGCCGAAGAUUUUCAAUUAACACUAAAUCCCCAAAUUUCCAUGAGCGACUUCGAAUUAGCGAAUCUGAAUGCACUUCGUGGAUCAUUUGAUGGAAUAUCAAUUCGUGGAUGCCUCUUUCAGUUUAUUGGCGAGCUGCAGAAAGAACAACAAGAUACAGAAGCAGCUGUCACACAACUACUAGGAGGGCAUGGACAUCUUAGAGACCCGAUAAAUUCAACGUAUGUUCGAAACCAAAGACGCCUCGAGACGAUAGUUGGAAAUUACAAAGAAUACAAGCAGCAAAACAAUGUCCGUACUUACUUGCGGGCGAUUGCUAACAAUCUCAAGCAAAGGGCGGAUGAGACUCGGACAGACUCGGAAGGCGGCGAUGAUUAGCCACAUCAUGAACAGACAGCAUGUAAAAGUAUGAAUUUAAUUUUUCCCACAAAAUAAAUAUUACCUUGAACCAAAAACUAACGUGGACUAAGUUAACUAUUGGUUAAAAAACUAUUGGUCCAAAAUUUUAUUGGACAAAUUUCAGCAACGGACCAAACAAUGGACCACUAGACAAGGUACGAAUUACAGCAUUCUGAUACAUGUUUC